AUAAACCCCGGCCCUCUGGGCUCGGCCGCUCGCGCCGGCUGCGCUUUUCAGGGCAGGAGAGAGAGCCCUAGGCGCGAGCGGGGGAGAGGGGAUCUGCAGCCACAACUUCUUUCGUCCUCUCCUUCCCCUGUGUACCUCUACCCUUCCCUUUCCCCAUCCUCCAGCCCUUACCUUCUUGGCGGCACUGAAAGGGACUCCGCCCUCAGGUUGCGAAGGGAACCAAACUUGGUGGCGAGUUGCCUCACCGUCUGAAGAUGCUCGGGGAUCUGGGGCCCCGGCUGCUGCUGCUGCUGACCGUCCUGUUCCUGGGGACAGCGGUGCCCUCCACUGGAGCCUCGAAGAGCAAGAGGCAGGCUCAGCAGGUCGUUCAGCCCCAGUCCCCGUUGGCUGUCAGCCAAAGCAAGCCUGGUUGUUAUGACAAUGGGAAACACUAUCAGAUAAACCAACAAUGGGAGCGCACCUACCUGGGCAGUGCCUUGGUCUGCACCUGUUAUGGAGGGAGCCGGGGCUUUAACUGCGAGAGCAAGCCUGAACCUGAAGAGACUUGCUUUGACAAGUACACCGGGAACACUUACCGGGUGGGCGACACUUACGAGCGCCCUAAGGACUCCAUGAUCUGGGACUGCACCUGCAUUGGGGCUGGGCGAGGGAGAAUAAGCUGCACCAUUGCAAACCGCUGCCAUGAAGGGGGUCAGUCCUACAAGAUUGGUGACACCUGGAGGAGACCACACGAGACUGGUGGUUACAUGUUGGAGUGUGUGUGUCUCGGUAACGGGAAAGGAGAAUGGACCUGCAAACCCAUAGCUGAGAAAUGUUUUGAUCACGCUGCUGGGACUUCCUACGUUGUUGGGGAGACCUGGGAAAAGCCUUAUCAAGGCUGGAUGAUGGUGGAUUGUACUUGUCUGGGAGAAGGCAGUGGACGCAUCACCUGUACCUCCAGGAACAGAUGCAACGAUCAGGACACUAGGACAUCCUAUAGAAUUGGGGAUACCUGGCGCAAGAAGGACAAUCGGGGGAACCUGCUCCAAUGCAUCUGCACUGGCAACGGCCGUGGCGAGUGGAAGUGUGAGAGGCACACAACCCUGCAGACCACGUCUGCCGGAUCUGGCUCCUUCACAGACGUCCGAACGGCCAUUUACCAGCCACAGCCUCAACCCCAGCCGGCUCCGUACGGUCACUGUGUCACAGACAGUGGUGUGGUUUACUCCGUGGGCAUGCAGUGGCUGAAGGCACAAGGAAAUAAGCAAAUGCUUUGCACUUGCCUGGGCAAUGGAGUCAGCUGCCAAGAGACAGCUAUAACCCAGACUUAUGGUGGCAAUUCAAAUGGGGAGCCUUGCGUCCUACCAUUCACCUACAACGGCAGGACUUUCUACUCCUGCACCACAGAAGGGCGACAGGAUGGACAUCUCUGGUGCAGCACAACUUCCAAUUAUGAGCAAGACCAGAAAUAUUCUUUCUGUACAGACCAUACUGUCUUGGUUCAAACUCGAGGUGGAAAUUCCAAUGGUGCCUUGUGCCACUUUCCCUUCCUGUACAACAACCAAAACUACACCGACUGUACAUCCGAGGGCAGGAGGGACAACAUGAAAUGGUGUGGAACCACACGGAACUAUGACGCUGACCAGAAGUUUGGAUUCUGCCCCAUGGCUGCCCACGAGGAAAUCUGUACAACCAAUGAAGGGAUCAUGUAUCGCAUUGGAGACCAGUGGGACAAACAGCAUGAUAUGGGCCACAUGAUGAGAUGCACAUGUGUUGGGAACGGUCGUGGAGAAUGGACAUGUGUCGCCUACUCCCAGCUCCGAGAUCAGUGCAUCGUCGACGACAUCACAUACAAUGUGAAUGACACAUUCCACAAACGUCACGAAGAGGGACACAUGCUGAAUUGUACCUGCUUCGGUCAGGGCAGGGGCCGGUGGAAGUGCGAUCCCAUUGAUCAAUGCCAGGAUUCAGAAUCCCGUACCUUUUAUCAAAUUGGAGAAUCAUGGGAGAAGUUUUUGCAUGGAGUCAGGUACCAGUGCUAUUGCUAUGGCCGUGGCAUUGGGGAGUGGGGCUGCCAGCCCAUACAGACCUAUCCAGGUUCAACUGGUCCUGUCCAAGUAAUAAUCACUGAGACCCCCAGUCAGCCCAACUCUCACCCCAUCCAAUGGAAUGCACCAGAACCAUCUCACAUUUCCAAGUACAUUCUCAGAUGGAAGCCUAAAAAUUCUCCAGACCGUUGGAAGGAAGCCACCAUUCCAGGCCACUUAAACUCCUACACCAUUAAAGGCCUGAGGCCAGGUGUGGUAUACGAGGGCCAGCUCAUCAGCGUCCAGCACUAUGGCCAAAGAGAGAUGACGCGCUUCGACUUCACCACCACCAGCACAAGCCCAGUGGUGACCAGCAACACCGUGACGGGAGAGACAACACCCUUUUCUCCUGUUGUGGCCACCUCCGAAUCCGUGACUGAAAUCACAGCCAGCAGCUUCGUGGUCUCCUGGGUCUCGGCUUCCGACACUGUGUCCGGAUUCCGGGUGGAGUAUGAGCUGAGUGAAGAGGGAGAUGAACCGCAGUACCUGGAUCUUCCCAGCACAGCCACUUCUGUGAACAUCCCUGACCUGCUUCCUGGCCGAAAAUACAUUGUGAACGUCUAUCAGAUAUCCGAAGAAGGAGAGCAGAGUUUGAUCCUGUCUACCUCACAGACAACAGCACCUGAUGCCCCUCCUGACCCUACCGUGGACCAGGUUGAUGACACCUCGAUUGUCGUUCGCUGGAGCAGACCCCAGGCGCCCAUCACAGGAUACAGAAUCGUCUACUCCCCAUCAGUAGAGGGUAGUAGCACAGAACUCAACCUUCCUGAAACUGCCAACUCUGUCACUCUCAGUGACUUGCAGCCUGGUGUUCAGUAUAACAUCACUAUCUACGCUGUGGAAGAAAAUCAAGAGAGUACUCCUGUCUUCAUCCAACAAGAAACCACUGGCGUCCCACGUUCAGAUAAAGUUCCCCCUCCCAGAGACCUGCAGUUUGUGGAGGUGACGGACGUAAAGAUCACCAUCAUGUGGACACCCCCCGAGAGUGCGGUGACCGGUUACCGAGUGGACGUGAUCCCCGUCAACCUGCCCGGGGAACACGGGCAGAGGCUGCCCACCAGCAGGAACACAUUUGCAGAAGUCACUGGGCUGUCCCCUGGGGUCACCUAUCACUUCAAAGUCUUCGCCGUGAACCACGGGAGGGAGAGCAAGCCUCUGACGGCACAACAGGCGACCAAAUUGGAUGCUCCCACCAACCUCCAGUUUAUCAAUGAAACUGACACCACCAUCAUAGUGACCUGGACUCCACCUCGUGCCCGGAUAGCCGGGUACCGACUGACCGUGGGCCUGACCCGUGGAGGCCAGCCCAAGCAGUACAACGUAGGUCCCUCGUCCACGCAGUAUCCACUGAGGAAUCUGCAGCCUGGCUCUGAGUACUCCGCAACCCUCGUGGCCGUGAAAGGCAGCCAGCAGAGCCCCAGAGCCACUGGAGUCUUCACCACUCUGCAGCCUCUGGGCUCCAUCCCACCUUACCACACAGAAGUGACUGAAACCACCAUUGUGAUUACAUGGACACCUGCUCCAAGGAUUGGUUUUAAGCUGGGUGUACGACCAAGCCAGGGAGGGGAAGCACCACGAGAAGUGACCUCAGAGUCAGGAAGCAUCGUUGUGUCUGGCCUGACUCCAGGCGUGGAAUACAUUUACACCAUCUCAGUCCUGAAAGACGACAUUACUGGCUAUAGAAUUACCACCACCCCUACAAAUGGCCAGCAGGGCUAUUCUUUGGAAGAAGUGGUCCAUGCCGAUCAGAGUUCCUGCACUUUUGAAAACCUGAGUCCUGGCCUGGAGUACAAUGUCAGUGUUUACACUGUCAAAGAUGACAGGGAAAGUGUCCCUAUCUCUGAUACCAUCGUGCCAGAGGUGCCCCAGCUCACUGACCUAAGCUUUGUUGAUAUAACCGAUUCAAGCAUCGGCCUGAGGUGGACCCCGCUAAACUCUUCCACCAUUAUUGGGUACCGCAUCACAGUAGUUGCGGCAGGAGAAGGUAUCCCUAUUUUUGAAGAUUUUGUGGACUCCUCAGUAGGAUACUACACAGUUACAGGGCUGGAGCCUGGCAUUGACUAUGACAUCAGCGUUAUCACUCUCAUUAAUGGCGGAGAGAGUGCCCCUACUACACUGACACAACAAACCGCCGUCCCUCCUCCCACUGACCUGCGAUUUACCAAUGUUGGUCCCGACACGAUGCGUGUCACCUGGGCCCCACCUCCAUCCAUUGAAUUGACCAACUUACUGGUGCGCUACUCGCCUGUGAAAAAUGAGGAGGAUGUUGCAGAAUUGUCAGUUUCUCCUUCAGACAAUGCAGUGUUCUUAACAAAUCUCCUGCCUGGAACAGAGUAUUUAGUCAGCGUCUCCAGUGUUUACGAGCAGCAUGAGAGCGUACCUCUUAGAGGAAGACAGAAAACUGGUCUCGAUUCCCCAACUGGCAUUGACUUUUCUGAUAUCACUGCCAACUCUUUCACUGUCCAUUGGAUUGCUCCUCGAGCUACCAUCACCGGCUACAAGAUCCGCCAUCAUCCUGAGCACAUGAGUGGAAGACCUCGCGAGGAUCGAGUGCCCCCCUCUCGGAAUUCUAUCACACUCACCAAUCUCAAUCCGGGCACAGAUUAUGUGGUCAGCAUUGUCGCUCUUAAUGGCAAAGAGGAAAGUCCUUCCUUGGUUGGCCAGCAAACAACAGUUUCUGAUGUUCCAAGGGACCUGGAAGUCAUCGCUGCAACCCCCACUAGCCUGUUGAUCAGCUGGGAUGCUCCGGCCGUUACAGUGAGAUAUUACAGGAUCACCUAUGGAGAAACAGGAGGAAGUAGCCCUGUCCAGGAGUUCACUGUGCCUGGGAGCAAGUCUACAGCUACCAUCAGUGGUCUUAAACCUGGAGCAGACUACACCAUCACCGUUUAUGCUGUCACUGGCCGUGGGGACAGCCCGGCAAGCAGCAAGCCCAUUUCCAUUGAUUACCGAACAGAAAUUGACAAACCAUCCCAGAUGCAAGUGACUGAUGUCCAGGACAACAGCAUUAGUGUCAGGUGGCUGCCUUCAAGUUCCCCCGUUACCGGUUACAGAGUGACCACUACUCCUAAAAAUGGCCCAGGACCAUCGAAAACAAUGACUGCAGGUCCAGAUCAAACAGAAAUGACAAUUGAAGGCUUGCAGCCCACAGUGGAGUACGUGGUUAGUGUCUACGCUCAGAAUCGAAACGGAGAGAGUCAGCCUCUGGUUCAGACAGCAGUAACCAACAUUGAUCGCCCUAAAGGACUGGCAUUCACUGAUGUGGAUGUCGAUUCCAUCAAAAUUGCUUGGGAAAGCCCACAGGGGCAAGUUUCCAGGUACAGGGUGACCUACUCGAGCCCUGAGGAUGGAAUCCAUGAGCUAUUCCCUGCACCUGAUGGUGAAGAAGAGACUGCAGAGCUGCAAGGCCUCAGGCCGGGUUCUGAGUACACAGUCAGUGUGGUUGCCUUGCACGAUGAUAUGGAGAGCCAGCCCCUGAUUGGAACCCAGUCCACAGCCAUUCCUGCACCAACCAACCUGAAGUUCACUCAGGUUUCACCAACCAGCCUGGCCGCCCAGUGGACGGCACCCAAUGUUCAGCUCACUGGAUAUCGAGUGCGAGUGACCCCUAAGGAGAAGACCGGACCAAUGAAGGAAAUCAACCUUGCUCCCGAUAGCUCAUCUGUGGUUGUAUCAGGACUCAUGGUGGCCACUAAAUACGAAGUGAGCGUCUAUGCUCUAAAGGACACUUUGACAAGCAGACCAGCUCAGGGGGUCGUCACGACUCUGGAGAAUGUCAGCCCUCCAAGAAGGGCCCGUGUGACAGAUGCUACUGAGACCACCAUCACCAUUAGCUGGAGAACCAAGACUGAGACGAUCACCGGCUUCCAAGUCGAUGCCAUCCCAGCCAACGGCCAGACUCCGAUUCAGAGAACCAUCAAGCCAGAUGUCAGAAGCUACACCAUCACAGGUUUACAACCCGGCACUGACUACAAGAUCCACUUGUACACCUUGAAUGACAAUGCCCGGAGCUCCCCUGUGGUCAUCGACGCCUCUACUGCCAUUGAUGCACCAUCCAACCUGCAUUUCCUGGCCACCACACCCAACUCUCUGCUGUUAUCAUGGCAGCCACCUCGUGCCAGGAUUACUGGUUACAUCAUCAAGUAUGAGAAGCCCGGGUCCCCUCCCAGAGAAGUGGUCCCUCGGCCCCGCCCUGGUGUCACAGAAGCUACUAUUACUGGUCUGGAACCAGGAAUCGAGUACACAAUCCAAGUCAUUGCCCUCAAGAACAAUCAGAAGAGUGAGCCUCUGAUCGGGAGGAAAAAGACAGAUGAGCUUCCCCAACUGGUAACCCUUCCACACCCCAAUCUUCAUGGACCAGAGAUCCUGGAUGUUCCCUCCACAGUUCAAAAGACCCCUUUCAUCACCAACCCUGGGUAUGACACUGGAAACGGUAUUCAGCUUCCUGGCACUUCUGGUCAGCAGCCCAGUCUUGGGCAACAAAUGAUCUUUGAGGAGCAUGGUUUUAGGCGAACCACACCGCCCACAAUGGCCAGCCCCGUAAGGCAUAGGCCAAGACCGUAUCCACCGAAUGUAAAUGAGGAGAUCCAAAUUGGUCCUGUCCCCAGGGGAGACGUAGACCAUCAUCUCUACCCUCACGUUCUGGGACUCAAUCCAAAUGCUUCUACAGGACAAGAAGCUCUCUCUCAGACAACAAUCUCAUGGACCCCAUUCCAGGAAAGCUCUGAGUAUAUCAUUUCAUGUCAUCCAGUUGGCAUUGAUGAAGAACCCUUGCAGUUCCGAGUUCCUGGAACUUCUGCUAGUGCCACCUUGACGGGUCUUACCAGAGGGGCCACCUACAACAUCAUAGUGGAGGCAAUAAAAGACCAGAAGAGGCACAAGGUUCGGGAGCAAGUAGUUACCGUGGGCAAUUCUGUUGACCAAGGCCUAAACCAACCCACGGAUGACUCGUGCUUCGACCCCUACACGGUUUCCCAUUAUGCCAUUGGAGAGGAAUGGGAGCGAUUGUCUGAAUCUGGCUUUAAACUCUCAUGCCAGUGCUUAGGCUUUGGCAGUGGUCAUUUCAGAUGUGAUUCAUCUAAAUGGUGCCAUGAUAAUGGUGUGAACUACAAGAUUGGAGAGAAGUGGGAUCGUCAGGGAGAAAGUGGCCAGAUGAUGAGCUGCACGUGUCUUGGAAACGGAAAAGGAGAAUUCAAGUGCGAUCCCCAUGAGGCAACGUGUUACGAUGAUGGGAAGACGUACCACGUGGGAGAACAGUGGCAGAAAGAAUAUCUUGGUGCCAUUUGCUCCUGCACGUGCUUUGGAGGCCAGCGGGGCUGGCGCUGUGACAACUGCCGCAGACCAGGGGCUGAACCUGGUCACGAAGGCUCAACUGGCCACUCCUACAACCAGUAUUCGCAGAGAUACCAUCAGAGAACAAAUACUAAUGUCAACUGCCCAAUUGAGUGCUUCAUGCCUUUAGAUGUACAGGCUGACAGAGAAGAUUCCCGAGAGUAAUAUUUCCAACCCAGAGAAACAAGCACGGAUCUCUGUCAAGGUCCAUCCAAACUGGAGUGAUGCUAGCAGACCCCAGCUUAGUUUGUUUCUUUCUUAAGCCCUCUGCUCUGGAGUAACUUCUCCAGCUUCAGCUCAAUUCACAGCUUCUCCAACCAUCACCCUGGGAGUGUUUUUAGACUUUUCUCAUAAAUGGGGCAGUAUGUUGCCAGCUCUCCAAAGUAUUCAAUACUGCUCAGUAUUUUAAAUGAAAUGUUUCUAACUUGUGAUUUGGAUUGGGAUCAAUAGGGAAGCACAUGCACCAACCAAGAUACAAAAUGUCUUGAAAUGAUAUUACCAAAAUUUUCAAUAGGGAAGUUACCCAAACACUUCUGCUUCCACUUAACUAUCUGGCCCACAAUACUGUAGGAAGAGCAUGUCCCUGUUGCUGUGAUAUUUGAAAUAUCCACAGUACUCACUAUUUCCAAAUGAUUCUAGUAUUGCCUAGAAAUCUUUCUCUUACCUGUUAUUUAUCAACUUUUCCCUGUAUUUUUAUAUGGAAAAAAAUUGUAUUGAAGACACUUAGUAUGCAGUUAAUAAGAGGAAUUUGGUCUAAUUAUGGUUGGUGAUUAUUUUUUAUACUGUACAUGCCAAAGCUUUACUACUGUGGAAAGACAACUGUUUAAUAAAAGAUUUACAUUCCACAA